AUGUCUCCAACACCCCGACAGAAGAUGACCUCACCGGGCCUCUUUCCCCUCACCACCCACAAUCCGGAUGACACGGUACCCUUCCUGCAUCAAGUCACCUACGUAACAGCGCCUACCAUCCCACAACGACCAGCAAUGACAAAUCAUGCCCCUCAACUCCGCCCUGGGCAACCAGAAACCUCGCCAUGGCCGCCAAGCCCUUUGCUUCACGUUGCCCUCCGCUCGCCCCUGGCCACCUCCACCCGCACCAACCUGGCCCCCUCCUUCCCCCUGCUCCACUCAAUGGUCAAUUUGGUCUACGGCGCAAACCGCAUGUGUGGCCUCGAGCCCGGCCUCUGGUGCACCCAGCUCAUCCAGGCCGUCUGGACCAAGCUCGGAGGGAAAGGGUUCUUCAUCCCCAACGACCAAGGCAAGGAUGGCAGGGGCGUCAUGCGGCUACAGGGGCACCGUAGCUCUGUUGGCCCCGGCGCCCUCCAAGCUGGGCAUCCAGAAAAUCAGCAAAGAUCCUCCGGGUGGCCCAAGUUGCGCAAGUUGCCCGUCCAGCAACGCAUCUCCUCCGCAGACGCCCCCCCUCCCUUGCCUGCUGCCAAUCCCAUUGCACUGCCCGUCUGCCGCGUCGCGUCAGGCUCUGAUAAUCCCCAGAACCUGAGCGCACGCAAGAGCUGGACCGUCGACAUGAGCGGGCUCAACGGCAUCCAGAAACAGUCUACCCGCAGCAUCAGCAAGCCGGCUUGGGAUGCUCGCCAACCUCAUUGGACCACCCUUCCAUUGAAUGUUAAAGGACCAUGA